AUGGAGUUCGUUGCAGCCACCAGUGUCCGCCGAAGAGUCCACCACCAACCACUCGCCGAUCUGGCACCACUUCACCGCACCACUCGCAGCGGAGGCUCCUUCAGAAUCAAAUUUGCUUUCUUCACCCCUCACCGCCCAAGCCCCUCGCCCCACGUGUCCACCAUGGUCCUCACGAGCAGCCAAAUCUGCUCCAUGCUUUUCACUGAUGUCGGCAACGCCUUCUACAAGUGUACAUCCUGCGACAAGCAGUACAAGAAGGGCAACGGCUACACGAACCUGCUGAACCACCUGCGGCGCAAACACAACAACUACGAGCAAGAGGCUCAGGAGGCAUCACGCCGCCAGAACCUGAUGCGCCUACACCUCGUCAGCACACGGACCAGGGACCUAUACCGCUGGCUCGAGUGGCUCCCUGCAUCGUUCGGUCUCGUUCUAGAUGGGUGGACCAGUGGUGGUCGUCACUACAUCGCGAUAUUCGCGGUAUUCAGCAGCGACAGUACCGGUAUUACCGAGGUCGAGGAAGACAUGGAUGCGCAGAGUCAGUACGACCUGAUCGCCGACACGCUGUCUCGCUAUAACAAGCCCUGGAGCGCGGUGAAGUUCAUGGAAGGGGUUAUCCCCUUCAUUGGAUGUGCUAGUCACAGAUUCAAUUUGGCGGUGAAGGACUUCCUCAAGACCGAGGACGAGCUUAUUGCGAAGGUGCACGCGCUGAUGACCAAGCUCCGGACGAUCAAGGGCCGCGCUCUGCUUAUCCGCGUCUCCCAUCUG